AUGGAGGACGCGCUGAAGCGAGCUCUGGGCACCGAGGAGCUGCGGCCGACCGGGCACUUGGGCAGCAUCUGCACCAGCCUGGGCCGGAGCUACGACACGGACCGCGGCCGGGUGUUCGUGAAGAGCAACUGCGAGGGGCAGGCCAGGAGAAUGUUUCUGAGAGAAAUGGCAAGUUUGGAAGCCAUCCUGAAAACGCAGACAGUAAGAGUGCCUAAACCCAUCAAGGUUGUAGAACUGCCUGGGGACAAUACUGUGCUGGUGAUGGCACAUGUGGAAAUGAAGAGCUUACACAGACAUUCAGCACUGCUUGGAACUCAGCUAGCUGAUCUUCACCUUCAUAACCAGCAGCUUAGAGAGAAGAUGAAGAAAGAAGGGAGCCCAGUAGGUAAAGGACAGGGGCAAAUGGAAGUCCAGUUUGUGGAUCAGUUUAGCUUUCAUACAGUUACCUGCUGUGGUUAUCUUCCACAGCUCGUCCUGGUCCUUCAGGUGAAGAACUGGCGCAGUGGCUGGGUGAGUUUCUUUGCCAGAGAAAGGAUCCAGCCCCAGAUCCACCCGAUUGAAAGGAGCUCAGGAGACAGGGAAGCAAGGGAACUUUGGGCACAGCUUCAGCUGAAGAUACUCAGUUUUUUCUGUGGUGUAGAAAUCAUUCCUUCUCUCCUGCAUGGGGAUCUCUGGGGAGGAAAUCUAGCUGAGGAUGAUUCUGGUCUGAUUAUAUUUGGUCCAUCUUCUUUCUACAGCCAUUGAGAGUAUGAU